AAAGAAGGAAUGUUGAAUGAGGCCAAGCCCAAAGAACCAAAUGGUAUGAGCUAGAAGGGCAUAGAGACAAGUAUUUAUGAAUAAGCCCAAUUAAACUCCAGAUUACAGGUUUUAGGGUUCAUAGCUCAUAGCUGAAAAAGGGGGUAAAAAAACCGAAAGUGCAGCUUUCCAAAUUAAAUAAUAAUAUAACCAUAAAAAGAAAUUAAAAUAAGGAAGAAAAUCCAGUGAUAGUUAGUUGAAUUUCCGGUGCCUUCCUCUCGCUUCACUUCUCCUCUGCAACAACAUAUCACUUUGUUUCUUUUAGGGUUUUAUUUUUUGUGUUCGCUUUGAUUAGUCUAGUAUAUGCAACUUUCACAGCCAUGACUAAUUCUGAGCAAGGUGCGGAAAACAAUAAUGCAUCCUCUUUAAUAGAACAACUUGGAAGAGCUUUACAUCAGCUGGAAGCCCACAGGGAUGCUUCGGAGGACAGGGUUCGGUGGAUGGAAAUUGAACAGCACUUUUGCAACCUUGAUACAACAUUGAAGAGAAAAUUUGAAGAGUUAGAAGCUAGAGAGAAGGAAUACAUGGACAAAGAAGCUGAAACUCAUGCAUUGCUCACUGAGAGAGAGGCUGCUGUCGCAGCUAAAGAGCAAGAUUUCCAAGAUCGAAUGCAGGAACUAAAGGAUGCUGCUGUUGCUGUCAUUGCAGAAGCACGAGCUAAUCACCAGCCAAUUAUGUUAGCUUCUAUUGAUGGUGGUGACAACAAAGACAGCAAGGUAAGCAGCUCUCUUGGUGACACAAAUUCCCCAGAGGAGGAUUCUCCUCAUAAAAUGGGCGAAAAUGCUGAAAGCGUGGCUGUUGAUGUUAAGCCACGUCCAGAGCUGACGCAAUUUUGCGAGCAGAUGGAUGCAAGAGGGCUACUGAAUUUUACUAUCGAGAAUCAAAAAAAUCUAUAUACCCUCCGUGAGGAACUCUCUGUUGCACUAGAAAGUGUGAGUGAACCAGCCCGUUUGGUGCUGGAUUCACUGGAGGCGUUUUAUCCUCCUCUUGAAACUACCCAACCAAUGGAUAAAAAGGAUGCUGCCCUUCAGGGCAAGCGUAAAUCCUGUAUUAUGUUUAUGGAAGCCAUGGCCUCCUUAUUGGCAAGAAUUGACCCAGGUGCUGAUCACCUUCUAAACCCUGAAAUAAAGCAGCAAGCCAAGGCAAUUGCUGAUGAGUGGAAGCCUAAGUUGGCUAGUGCAGGCACCGAUGCUACCAAUGGAAAUUCAUUGGAAGCAGAUGCAUUCUUGCAGCUUCUCUCAACUUUUAGAAUUGCUUCGGAGUUUGAUGAAGAAGAACUCUGCAAGCAUGUUCUUGUAGUUGCUCGCCGCAGGCAGGCACCUGAGCUGUGCCGUUCUCUUGGAUUAACACACAAAAUGCCAGGUAUUAUUGAGUUAUUGAUUAAGAAUGGGAAACAAGUGGAAGCUGUACGCUUUAUUCAUGCCUUCCAGCUUGCUGAAAGCUUCCCUCCUGUUCCCCUACUGAAGACAUACUUGAAGGAUUUUAGGAGGAACUCUCAAGGAAAGGGUGGAAACAUUGGUGGUGCUACUGGACAGAUUGACAUAAAUGCACAAGAACUUGCAACCCUGAAGGCUGUUAUAAGGUGUGUUGAAGAGUACAAGCUUGAAGCUGACUACCCACUUGAUCCACUUCAGAGAAGAGUUGCUCAGUUAGCAAAGUCAAAAUCUGAUAAGAAGAGGACUGGGGAUUUCAAUAGACAUCACCAGUCGAAGAAGCCACGAGCUAAUGGGGGAUAUCGCAGAUUCCGUGGGGGUGCUGCCCCUGGCACUACUGGUGUGCGGCAAGCUCCGCCUGUUUAUGCUGAAAGGACACCAUACACAGGAAUGCCAGAGAGAUAUCCUCAUGUUGGUCCAAAUCCUUAUGAUUAUCAAAUUCCUAGCCAGUCAGCAUACGGCCAACCAGCUACUGAUCAAAGAAUGUACUACUAUCCUGCGGAUGACCGAGUACCUACUGGGUCAUAUGAUGCAGCUCCUUCUAGUUAUAGCAGUUAUAUGGGUACUGGAAUGCGGCCCUCACAUCAACCAUACAUGUAAUCUCUUGACUGAUAGUUUUGUUAGAAAAGCUAAUAGAGAGAUGCUGUUGAUUGUAGUAAUGGAGAAUCACCUUCAGGCUUAUGUGACCAAUGCCUUUCAUUAACAAUGUAGCACUAGUUUGAAAUUUAAUUUUUUUAACCAUGUAA